AUAUUAACUUUUUAAAAGAGAAUGUGCGAUUAUAAAAUGAUAAUUACAACAAAAAGAAACAAAAAGUAUACACUUUUAAAUUGACAGUUGACACUCGGAAGAUAAAAAGUGUAUAAUUAAAUGUCAAUGGCAAACAGAGGCCGUAAUUCUAGCGGGGCGAGCAAUUGUAUCCCUGUGACUGUUGACUGAAAGCAGCCGUGUGCGUGGUGCGUGGUCAGUAGGGGUGCACGUCAGGUUAGUAGUCCAAAGUCCGGAAGCCUGGUCCCCCGCCUGCACAUCCGUGGAUCGGACUUAUCUAGCAGCACACUUUCAGCGAGUCAAUAAAGACAAUAAAAAGAUGCAGUGGACGAAAAUGAAGAAAGACGAGCUGGAGCGGCAGUAUUCACCCAGCAGGUGGUCGCACAGGAUGUCGGCCGACGACGUGAUCGAGGCCCACAGGAAGGCUCUGACGGAAGGUACGCAGCGUGCCCGAGGGCUGGCUCAAACUCUGCUCAACGUGCCGUACGGGGAGGGAGAUGGAGAGAAACUAGAUGUCUACAUUCCCAGCACCAACUCUUUGGAAGUCCCCCUUGUUAUUUACCUCCAUGGAGGCUACUGGCAGUUUCUCAGCAAGGAGGAGUCCGGGUUCAUGGCUGUUCCACUCGUUGAUAAAGGUGUAGUGGUGGUUGCUGUUGAUUAUGACACUGCUCCCAAAGGCACCAUGGAUCUGAUGGUAUCUCAAGUACGCAGAAGUGUUGUGUCCAUCAUCCAGCAGUAUUCUCACAUCAGUGGUCUCUACCUGUGUGGCCACUCUGCUGGGGCUCACCUGGCCGCAAUGGUCCUCUCCACUGACUGGUCGCAGUACAGCAUCACUCCUCAGAUAAAAGGUGCUUUCCUUGUUAGUGGCAUAUAUGACCUCCUGCCCAUCCUGUCCACCUACGUCAAUGAGCCUUUGAAGAUGACAGACGAGGUUGCGUUGAGGAACAGCCCCAGCAAACUGGUCCCUCAGCUCAAACUCUCCUCCUCCAGCUGCCACAUCGUCGUGGCCGUUGCGGAGAACGACUCGCCAGAGUUUCGCAAGCAGUCGGAGGAAUACUACAAAACUCUAGAGGCAUCAGGACUUAACGUGACCAUGGAGGAUGUGGCCAACACCGACCACUUCAAUAUUAUUGAGCAGCUGGUAGAUGGGCAGUAUCAACUAACAAAGCUUCUAUUGAAGACGAUGGGGAAGAGCUGAGCUGGAGGUCUUUGCUCCAUCAUUGAAAAAAUCAUCAUACAUCUGCACAUACACACUGAUAAUAAUAGCAUUAUCUCAGCUUUGUACAAUGGUGAAUGUACAAUUUGUAUCAGUUUGAUUAAUCAAAAAUGAGGUAGCAUGAAUUGUUUUGGAUAUAUUGUUUACUGUACCCUUUGUCAUCGACACUUGUUCACUGUAGAUACGGUCAGAAAACGUCCCGUGAAAACAUUGACACAUUAAAAAAUUAAAGCCGAGUCGGAAAUAGAUUAUUUAACGGCCAUUGGGAAGUUCUGUUCCUCGACCAGUUGUUGAUAAGUAGUGUGGACACAUUUCCAUUGUUUUGUACAAGUUGAGUCUGUUCUGUGAUAUUCUUUGACAAUCUGCUAUGCAACUUGGAGUUCAGGAGUAGUACAUAAAUAGGACCUUAUGUCAACACUUAUGAUGUAUCAUACUAAGGGAAUGCAGGUCUCUAUCGUAACCUACACAAAGCUGACAUCUCACCCAGGAAACUUUUAAUAGACUCUAAAUAUUUGCACUGUACAUUUGAUCCUAAUGUUAGAUUUCUGAUAUUUAAAUAUCCAUAUUUUAAACAGACUUAAUGUAACUGAUGCACUUCAUUCUAGCAUCUUAAAUAAUUCUUUAUAUUACAACCAUCUCAAUAAAUAUGUAUAUUCGAGAA